AUGCGACCCCUUCUCCACUACCUCGCAGCGUACGCUCUGUUAUGCUUACAGGGUGCUGGAGCAUUUCCACAGAGAAUAACCCCAUCCGAAGUCUCGAGCGCCAUAUCAGCUACAUCCACAGGAACAUCCAUCGGAGAGAAUAGGACAUGUAACUUUGGCACCAUCAACGAAUUCUUCGAUUACGCCAACAAGAACGGGCUAAACAUCACUGUGGAGGUCCAGAACUGCCAGAAUCUGUGCCUGCUCACAUACGGGGUGGGAAACCCCGAUCUUUCUGGGAUCGGGACCGGGCUUACCAUCCUCAUCGGUCCUGUUUAUCGUAUAUUCUAUCUCACUUUAGCGCCAGCGAGCGCCUUCAUCCGAGACUUAAAAGACGUUCAAACGAAUUUCUUCUCCUCGAAUGGCUUCUUUGUUUGUUCGUCCGCUCUAGCUACGAUCGCAAACCUGUCACAGAACCCGCCCACCUUUGAGAUCGCUGAGAUGCAGGCCUUGGCAUUCCUGCAAGUUAACAGCAUCCUUGUGACCUUCUUCUGCCUGGUCAUCGCGCAACCAAGGUCGCGCUGGGGCGCGCGAGUGCUGCUCUAUUUUGUAGUGUUUGUCCUAGUGAUUGUUGCCCUAGGCCAGAGCCACCUGGGCAGUGACAGUAGGGCAGACUGGAGGCUUGCCUCUGAUGGCUGCGCGCACAGCUCAAGCGACUACAGCGUCAUCAAGCCUGUCCCAUAUCCAUCAUGGACCGUUGCUAUCUUUGCCGUCGCUGGUACCGUUGGAUUCUGGAUAGAGUCUCUGAAGAAGAAAUUCCAGGCAGACAAAUUACACAAGUCGCUGUUCAGGAUAUUAAUGAUGAUUUGGGUCUUACUAAUUGGACUCUUGACUGCAGGCAUGGUUCUCGGCCUGACAAUGAUGUGGCGACAACGAAGGCAUCUGCGAAGCUUGGCGAGAGACAAAUUUGAAGAUGAUCAGUGGGGCUUCGGGCAGAUUGCUGCUUUGACAAUCUGGGUGCCCAUAUUGGUUGAAUUACUCUAUAUCCUGAACGGUGAGGAGCUCCUCAUACUUGUUGGUGGUUUCGGCCUAGCUGACAUGGGCACGUUUUUACAGACUUGGCCCAACGGAAGUCCAAAAGAUGGAAUCACUUGA